AUGGGGUCUCUGUUUCGAAGUGAGGAGAUGUGUCUGGUCCAGUUGUUCUUCCAAACAGAGUCAGUUCAUAACUGCAUUAAUGAGCUGGGACUCCUUGGAUUGGUGCAAUUCCAAGAUCUUAACCCUGGAAUAGUGGCAUUUCAGAGGAGAUUUGUAAAAGAAGUGAAAAAAUGUGAAGAAAUGGAGAGAAUCCUGAGGUUUCUGGAGAAGGAGAUGAUUAAGUCUAACAUCGCUGUUGGCAGAGGAUGUGAGAGUGAGAGAGUGCCCUGUCCCAGAGAUGUCUUGGAGCUGGAAUCAACAUUUGAGAAACUGGAGCAGGAACUGAAAGAGAUCAACUACAACCACAACACACUCAAACAGAACUUCACUGAGCUGGUGGAGAUGGGUCAUCUGCUGCAUAUGACGGAGGACUUCUUUGAGGAGGUCGAGUCCCAACUGUCCUGCUCUGAGCUGCCGUCUGAGGAUUCUCUGUCUGUGACAACUUCCUCCCGCAUGACCAGUCGCAGAAACAGCAUCACCAGUGUUAGUGGACCUUUGAAACUGGGGUUUGUCGCUGGUGUCAUUAAGCAAGAGCGCUUUCCUGCCUUUGAGAAGGUUCUGUGGCGGCUUUUUCAUGGAAACUUUAUUCUGCGCCACGCAGCGAUCCAGGACACAGAGGAUGGCGAUGUGAAGAAAGAUGUGUUUAUCAUUUUUGUUCAAGGUGACCAAGUUCGAGGAAAGAUCAAAAAAAUAUGUGAAGGGUUUCAUGCACAUAUGUACCCGUGUCCCAACACCUUACAUGCUCGAAAGGAAAUGAGGAUAAGUAUCAACACACGCAUAGAGGACCUUAGAACAAUCCUGAAAAGGACAGAGGAAUAUCGUGCCACUGUUUUGAAAGCAGCUGCAGCUAAGCUUCAGGACUGGACCACUAAAGUGAUGAAAAUGAAGGCUAUCUAUUUUACUCUGAACCUCUGUAACAUAGACAUCACUCAGAAAGUCAUCGUGGCAGAGGUGUGGUGCCCUGUUUCAGACCUCAACACUGUCCAGAAUGCCCUGAUAAAGGGAUCUGAGCAGAGUGGGUCAAGUCUAAGACCGGUUGUGAAUCGUAUCGAAACCCACAAAACUCCACCAACGUUCAACAGGACAAAUGCCUUCACUGCUGGAUUCCAGACCAUGGUUAAUGCAUAUGGCGUGGGCAGUUACCAGGAAAUGAACCCAGCUCCGUACAGCAUGGUUACGUUCCCCUUCCUGUUUGCGGUCAUGUUUGGAGACUGUGGUCAUGGUCUAGUCAUGACAUUGUUUGCUGCCUGGGUCAUCAUGCAGGAGGGAAGCCUCUGGAGAGUAAAAAACGAGUUGACUGAGGUUCUGGUUGGGGGACGGUACAUCAUCCUCCUCAUGGGUGUUUACUCCAUGUACACUGGCCUCAUUUAUAAUGACUGCUUCUCCAAGGCCUUCAACAUGUUUGGGUCCUCCUGGAGCGUCAAGGCAAUGUUCCAGCCCCACGGCCCAUGGACCAAUGAGACACUGCAUGGCUCUGACCAUCUUCAGCUGGACCCACGGGUGCUUGGAGUCUUCUCUGGAAGUCCUUAUGUCUUUGGCAUUGAUCCAAUUUGGAACAUCGCAUUAAACAAGCUAUCCUUCCUGAACUCAUACAAGAUGAAGAUGUCUAUCAUUUUGGGAGUUGUGCAUAUGAUGUUUGGACUGGGACUGAGUUUGAUGAAUUUCCUAUAUUUCAAAAAUCUGAAGAGUAUUCUUCUACAGUUUGUUCCGGAGCUGCUGUUCCUGCUCUGUCUGUUUGGGUACCUGGUCUUUCUCAUUAUAUUCAAAUGGUGUGCAGUGCUUCAGUCAGAAAGGGCUCCCAGCAUCCUGCUCCUCUUCAUCAACAUGAUGCUGUUUGUCUAUAGCCCUGAUCAGGUGCUGCUAUACAGCUCGCAGAGAGCUGUACAGAUCUGUCUGGUGCUCGUGUCAUUCCUCAUGGUCCCUGUGCUUCUGCUGGCCAAACCGCUGCUCCUCUACAGGCAUCAAACACGCAUGAAGCAGCAGGUCAGUAUGAGUGACGUUUUCGUGUAUCAGGCCAUCCAUACCAUUGAGUACUGUCUCGGCUGCAUUUCCAACACAGCUUCCUACCUGCGUCUGUGGGCCCUCAGUCUGGCCCAUGCAGAGUUGUCAGAGGUGCUGUGGAAGAUGGUCCUGCAGGUGGCGCUGCAGGUCUCGUCUGGCAUGGGCUCAGUCCUGCUGGCCCUGACCUUUGCCCUCUUCGCCCUCCUCACCGUCACCAUCCUGCUGGUCAUGGAGGGCCUGUCUGCCUUCCUCCAUGCCCUGAGGCUGCACUGGGUUGAAUUUCAAAACAAGUUCUACAAGGGAGCGGGAUAUGCAUUCACGCCCUUUUCCUUUAACAGUUUACUGAAGACCCAAUACCAGAUUUGA